UGCUGCUGUUCCGCCCACACCUCAGCGACGCCCCGACGGCAUAAAAAGCCGGGAGCCAUCACCUACAGCCACUCUCUGCCAUGAAGCUCACCUGGGACAUUAACGACCCCAAGCUGCCGCAGGAGCCCAAGCACUUCGACACCUUCCAGGAGUGGCCCGAUGGCUACGUGCGGCUCAUCUACUCGAGCGAGGAGAAGAACGCGCAGCGGCACCUCAGCGGCUGGGCCAUGCGCAACACCAACAACCACAACUGCCAGAUCCUCAAGAAGUCCUGCCUGGGCGUGGUGGUGUGUGCCCGGAGCUGUGCUCUGCCCGGCGGUGCCAGGCUGCAGCUGCGCCCCGCCAUAUGCGACAAGGCUCGGCAGAAGCAACAAAAGAAAGCCUGCCCCAACUGUAACUCUGCCCUCGAGUUGAUUCCUUGCCGAGGACACAGUGGCUACCCGGUCACAAACUUCUGGAGGCUUGAUGGCAAAGCAAUAUUUUUCCAGGCUAAAGGAGUCCAUGACCACCCCCGGCCAGAGAGUAAACUGGAGGCAGAGGCAAGAAGAAGUGCAAUUAAGAAGCAAAUGUCCUCUUAUCACCACUCCCAGAAAAAGAGAACUCUAAAUUCAGAGGCAGGAAGGUACCCUGACAGCAGUGGUUACACCAAUAGCCUACAGAAUUUUCACUGCAUGGAUGGCCCAGAAAGAGUCGGUAUCUUCACAGACACCAAUUUUUCAGUUCCAGCCCAGUCUUACCCUUCGCUGCAGAGCGCAGACCUCUACAAGGCACCUUACGACUCAGCCAGCUUCCAAGAGGAUCAGCUAUCGCCAUACCCUCCUAAAUGCCCAAAUCCAAGGAUCUACAUGCCCAUGCCAUGCAGUUAUGAGUUUGGAGUUCCUACCUUUAUAAGCUCAAGUCCUUACCCAACAUUUUACAAAGAUCUGCCCAGUCCUGCCAUUGAUGCAGACCCCCUCAGUCUGAAUGGGUCUCACUACAACGCUGUGACCUCCCAUGAUAAGAGCUUUGAUAACCCUGGCAGACAUUACGGACUGAAACCAGCGUGGGGGAAAACCAGCAUCGGAGACCGCAGUGACUACGGGCAGAUGGCAACAAGUGCUCCCCACCCUUACUGCAGUGGGGACUAUCCCUGCAGGUACAGCCCCAGCCCCGCUCCCAUGGCCCCACCACUGCAGACAGUCAUCACCACCACCACCAAGGUGUCCUACCAGGCCUACAAGCCACCCGCGCUGAAAUACAGUGACAACCUCUGUGAUGUGAAAAACCUCCAGAGCUACACCCAUGUGGCAGAAAACAUCUCGGGUGCUGUCUAUUCAGGGAUGAAGAUUCAGGAAGACUUUGGAAUGAUAAAGUCAGCUUUGCUAUACCAGCAUGACUCCAUCCCCACAAAAUCCAAACCAGCCGAGAGUGUGGAGAGCUAUCGGUAUGGGCUCCCUCUGGGGAACAGCUUUGCUGAGCAUGAAGGCCAGGCCCUAAGGUUUGAGAGUGCUGAAUAUUGACUAGAUAGUGCCUAAAUGGCAAAUACCUACUGAUGGGAGAAUAGAUCAUUAUGCUGAGUAUGUGAGUGCUAAGCCAAGUGGUUUGGGGUUUGAGGAGAUGUAAGGAAGCAGAACAUCACGACAGUUUUUUCCCAAAAGCGCCUUUCUGGAUCUGUGUGCUGAGUGAAUUAUAUUUUGCAUCUAAUUUCAAAGAAACCCCACACAAUCUCUAAAAUGGCACAAGGAACUGAGCCCAAAAGAAGGUAACAUGGAAACACAGCUCCUCUGGAAGUCAACAGCCUCCUCUGACAGCAAGUGCAAUCCACUUAUAGCUACAACUCCUGCCUCAAGCUUUGAGAGAAAAUGCUCUGUCUGUAGGAAAGAAAAGACUAAUCAGGUAACAGGAAAAAAUGAAGGAAGGUGGCUAUGGAUUAUAGUCAACUGAAAGAAAUGGCAGGGAAAGAAAGAAAUAACAGAAAUAUGAAAGCAAGACAAUUUGCAGAAUAAUUCACUUGCCAUGAUCCUUUUGAUGAAUGGAAAGUUCAGCUAAGUUCCUCUGAAAUAAGAAAUUAAAAACCUGAAACCUGAGAAAUGAAACAUGCUAAAUUAAUGUUGCUUUUUGAUCCCCUGUAUCAAGAGUAGAGACAACCCAGCCUUUCUAUGUAAGAAGGAC